CGCUCCCCCGGAGCCGGCGCGCGAGGCGGGGGAGCCCAGCUGGAGCGGAGCGCGCGGUCGGCGCGGCGGCCACUGGAGAGCGGGCGGCCGGCGGGCGGCGGCGGCGGCGGCGGCGGAUGGGGACGCUGAGCCGGGCGGCUGUGGCGGCUGUGGCGGCGGCGGGGAAGCAGCUGACGGGCCGGCGGCGGCGGCGGCGCUGGCGGCGGUGACGGGCCCAGGCCCCGGCGGCGGCGGCGGCGGCGACGCGCUGGCGGGCUGCGGGCGGGCGUCGUGAGGCGCGGCGGAGCGGCCGCGGAGCGAGCGAGCGAGCGGCGCCGCGCGGGCCGCCCCGUGCUCAGUGCUCGCGGGCCGCCAGGCCCCCUCCAGCCGGGGCCGUGGAGCACCGGGGCAAAGGCCGGGGCCCCCCCAUGAAGGAGCGCGACGCGGGCCCGGCCGAGCGGGGCAAGCCGGCCACCUACACCGGGGACAAGAAGGCGAAGAUGGCGGCCAAGACCAACAAGAAGUGGGUCCGGCUCGCCACCGUGUUCGCCUACGUGCUCUCCGUGUCCCUGGCCGCCAUCGUGCUCGCCGUCUACUACAGCCUCAUCUGGCAGCCGGUGGGCGCGGGCACGUCGGCGGGACUCGCCGGCCCGCCCCCCGGCGGCGCCUCCAACGCCACCGGCCCGGCCGGGACUUCGGGGGCGGCCGAGCCCAACGCCACGGGGCCGUCCCGCCGCGAGGCGCCGCGCGACGCGCCCCCGCUGCAGGCGGCGCGGCCGGCGCCCCCCGCGGCCCCCGCCGACGGACCCCCGGCCGGGCCGCUGGAGCGGCCGCGCGGCGCCGAGGAGGACGCGGACGGAGCGGCGGCGGCGGCGCCCGGGAGUCGCUGAAGCCCCCCGGCCCUGCUCCCCGUCUCCACCGCUCGCCCGGAGGCAGGACUUGGCUG